AUGCCAACCCAGGACCAUCACCAGCAUCAGCAGUCCUCGACUCUCCCUGCCCAGGUCUCCGCUGCCGCUUCUCCCGCCUCGGUCACUGCCACCGCGCAAGCGGCCACCGCGGCCGUGAGUGCCUCGCCAAUGAACGGUGCCUCGCGACCGGGUGAGGAGUUGUCGUGCUUGUGGCAAAACUGCUCUGAGAAAUGUCCUACUCCUGAAGCUCUUUACGAACACGUUUGCGAGCGUCAUGUUGGUCGUAAGAGCACAAAUAACCUCAACCUGACCUGCCAAUGGGGUAGCUGUCGUACUACUACCGUCAAGCGCGAUCACAUCACCUCUCACAUCCGAGUUCAUGUCCCGCUCAAGCCUCACAAGUGUGACUUUUGCGGCAAGGCUUUCAAGCGUCCUCAGGAUUUGAAGAAGCAUGUCAAGACUCAUGCGGAUGACUCGGUUCUGGUCCGAUCGCCCGAGCCUGGUGCUAGAAAUCCAGAUAUGAUGUUUGGUGGAAAUGCCAAGGGAUACGCCGCUGCUGCUGCCGCUCAUUACUUUGAGCCCUCGUUGAACGCUGUUCCCACUCAGGGCUACGCCCAUGCCCCUCCUCAGUACUACCAGUCGCACCCACCGCCCCAGGCGGCUAACCCAUCCUACGGCAACGUUUACUACGCUUUGAGCCAGGGUCAGGAAGCUGGCCAUGCUUCUUAUGAGUCCAAGAAGCGCGGAUACGAUGCACUGAACGAAUUCUUCGGCGACCUGAAGCGACGCCAGUUUGACCCCAACUCCUACGCCGCGGUCGGCCAGCGUCUCUUGGGCCUGCAGUCUCUCCAGCUCCCCAUUCUCAGCAGCGGCCCGGUGCCGGAAUACCAGCCGAUGCCGGCUCCUGUAGCGGUCGGAGGUGGUGGUUACAGUCCUACUGGACCUCACCCCGCCCCUGCCUAUCACCUCCCGCCGAUGAGCAAUGUCCGGACCAAGAAUGACUUGAUCAACAUCGAUCAGUUCCUCGAGCAGAUGCAAAGCACCAUCUAUGAGAACGAUGACCAUGUUGCCGCAGCGGGUGUGGCCCAGCCUGGAGCCCACUACAUCCACAACGGCAUGAGCUACCGUGCCACCAACUCGCCUCCCAGCCAGAUUCCUCCUAGCCAUGCGGCGGCCACAACUUCUGCAGGUUCCAUGAUGGCCUCGUCUGCACACUCGCCUACUGCUGGUACACCAGCCCUGACUCCCCCGUCGAGUGCGCAGUCGUACACCUCCGGUCGCUCCCCAGUCUCUCUGCCUGCUACCCACCGUGUCUCUCCUCUGCAUGAUGGCGGGUCGAACAUGUACCCUCGACUUCCAUCUGCCACCAUUGCGGAUAGCAUGACGGCAGGAUACCCGACUGCAUCGAGCGCCGCACCUCCAUCCACUCUGGGCGGCAUCUUUGACCACGACGACCGCCGCAGAUACACCGGAGGCACCUUGCAGCGCGCUCGUCCUGAAGAGCGACGUCUGUCGGUGCAGAUGGAUAUUUCUCAAGACGGCAAGGAGGACCGUGACCAGACUCCUCCAGCCAAGGAACGCACUGCCUCGCCGCGGAUCUCUGCCAGUUUGAUCGACCCCGCUUUGGAGUCGAGCACAUCGAGCAGCCCAACCGAUGCCGAGACCGCUCUGCAGACUGCCAAGGCCGCGACCGAGGUGGCGGAGCGGGAAGAUGUGCAGUGGGUGGAAAAGGUUCGUCUCAUCGAGUAUCUGCGUAACUACAUUGCCCACCGUUUGGAGCGUGGUGAAUUUGAUCUUCGUCUUGGCCAGAUGCCCGCUCCCAGUGAGAUGGGUUCUCCCGAGACUGGACAUGAUGGUCAAAUGGAGGGUGUGGAGGAACACCACUCCCAGGACCAUGAGACCACCCCCCAGCCGCCCGCUGAGGAAGCCAAGCCAGAGGGCGAGGCAGUCAUGUACCCGACUCUGCGUGGGCUGGAUGAAGAUGAUGAUGGAGAUUCGAAGAUGCCGACCGAUGUUUGA